UGUUCUUGUUGCUGUUGACGAGCACGGGCGUGAGAUAACGGAGUGCGGAGAUUUCAAGGUCAGGAUAUCUGUAACGAUGGAAAUGGAUAUAAGUGGAGUAUCCAGGACACGUGUCUCCAUUCUUCCUACAACUGACAUCAAAGCCACAUUGAAACCAGAAGCAGAGAGACCUCGCUGUGCCAGCACCCCAUGUUCACCAAUCAGAGGUACUGUUGCAGGAUACCAGAUUCUCCACAUGGACUCAAACUAUUUGGUGGGCUUCACCACUGGUGAGGAGCUGCUCAAACUGGCCCAUAAGUGGUCAGAAGGUAAUCCUGAGAAGGCCCGUGUAUCAGAUGCAGUGUCCAGCUCCAUCAAGAGCACUGUCCCUAAGUCUGUGGACCUGGGCAUCCACCGGUCUUCACGUAUUUUCAAAGCCAAAGGCCGGUACUACCAACCAUACGACAUUCCUGCUACUAAUGGACGAAGACGAAGGCGUAUGCCCAGUUCGAGCGACACCUUCCUCAGAUCUCUGGCCCACGGCGAGUCUGGGAGGGCUCUGCAUGCUCCACUACCACUCUGUUUGCUUAAAAGUAAAGGUGCCCAGUCCAAGUCUCUUGACUACCUUAAUCUGGACAAAAUAAGUAUCAAAGAGUCAUCAGACACUGAAGUGCUACAGUACCAACUGCAGCACCUCAACCUACGAGGGGAGCGUGUGUUUACCAGAAACAAGACAUGAAAGCACAGUGAAACUUUUUUAGAUGUGUUUCAUCCUCUGGGGUAUUUAGGUGCUAUUUCUAGACUUGUUUCUUUCUACUAUGAUUAUAAACAGUUCUUUAAGGAGACAGUCUGAUGAUAAUCUUGUUCUAUUAUUAGUUGGGAGGUUUACCUUGUUCUGUAUGCUUAGCAUUAUGAGGUUUUUGAGGUUAAAAAAUUGAAUUAUAUAAAUUUAGCAAUAACUGAUGGACCUAUUUAUUGACAAUUUUUAUUGGCAUUGUUGUGUGUUUGUAAUGGUUGGAUACACACUAUUAUACCAGCUUAUAGCUGAGAAAGCACAUAUCACAUACAGUAUCAGCUUUAAAAUGCACCGUUGACAUCAAUACAAUAGUUUUACUGUGACUGUUCUUGUUUGUUUGACAUUAAGGAACUGCAUUUGGAGUUGUCAAAUUAACAAUAUAACGUUAUUGUAUGUUGCACAUUUAUUUACGUAUUUAUUUAUUGAUGUAGUACUGUUGGUUUAGAUGUCAAUAUGAUUUCCACGCUCUAAUUUACAGUAAUGUAAGUAAAUCAAUUAAAAACAAAAAAAACAUGCCACUUGAAGUUUGUCGUAAUAUAAGAUAUGCCAUGUGCUUUUAAGAGGUUUUUUUUUUCUUCCUCUGAUUCACAAAUAUAAUAAUUAUCAGUGCUUACACUACCAUUUAAACGUUUUGACACACCUUCUGAUUUAAUGGUUUUUCUUUAUUUUUACAACUUUCCACAUUAUAGGACGAGUUGUGUUGUGCAGAAGUCAGGUUGGUACACAGCUGAGAGCCCAACUGUUAGAAUUCAUAUUAUGGCAAGAACCAAUCAGCUAAGUAAAGAGAAACAACAGUCCAUCAUUAAUUUAAGAACUGAAAGUCAGUCAGAUGGAAAAUUGCUAAAACUUCCAAUACGUGCCCAAGUGAAGCCGCAAAAAUCACUAAGCACUACUAUGAAACUGGCUCGCAUGAGGACUGCCCCAGGAAGUGACCUUUGCUGCUGAGGAUAAGUUGAUGCAAGUUAACAGCACCUCAGAUUAGAGCCCAGAUAAAUGCCACACAACAGUCCCAGUAGCAGAACAUCUAUGUUCAAAUUAGGCUUUUAUGGUCAAAUAGCUAAGAAACCAAUACUAAGGAAAAGUAACAAGCAGAAGACAUUUGUUUGGGCCAAGAAACACAAGGAAUGGACAUUAGACCCGUUGAAAUCUGUGCUUUGGUCUGAUGAGUCCAAAUUUGAGAUCUUUGAUUCCACUCGCCGUGUCUUUGUGUGGGGCUGCUUUCCUGGUGACGUUGAAGGCACACUGAACCAGCAUGGCUACCACAGCAUCCUGCAGCAACACGCCAUCUCAUCUGGUUUGUGUUUAGUUGAACAAUCAUUUAUUUUUGAAAACAUUACAAGGACCCCAAACACACCUCCAGGUUGCACAAGGGCUAUUUGACCAAGAAGGAGAGUGAUGGAGUGCAGAUGGCCUGGCCUCCACAGUCACCUGACCUAAACCCAAGAUCAUUUGGGAUGAGAGUGAAGGCAAAGGGCCAACAAGUGCUCAGCAUCUCUGGGAACUUCUUCAAGACUGUUGGAAAACCAUUUCAGGUGACGACCUCAUGAAGCUCAUCGAGAGAAUGCCAAGUGUGUGCAAAGCAGUAAUCAAAGCAAAAGGUGGCUAUUUUGAAGAUUCUAAAGUAUAAAACAUCUUUUGAGUCAUUUCACACAUUUUUGUUUACUACAUAAUUCUACAUGUGUUCAUUCACAGUUAUGGUGCCCUCAGCAAGAAUCUACAAUGUAAAUGUUCAUGAAAAUAAAGAAAAACCAUUGAACGAGAAGGUGUGUCCAAACUUUUGACUGGUAGUGUAUGUACUUUCACUUUUGAUUGAAUCCAAUAACUGAUGAAAGGUGGUAAAUAUAAAUGACAGAGGAAAGACAUGUAAAAUAUCUCCAGUCAGACUUUAACUAAGGAUGCUUCAAUUAUUUGGUCAUCUCCUUAGACCGCUGGUAUCGCUUACUAAUGUGACUAUGAAAGGCAUGAGAAAGAAUUUUAGAGGGAUGCAGAGUUUGCCAUGCUUCUUUAAGAGACUCAAUUUGCAGCCACACUGGACAGAAUGGAGGAUUAUCGUGUAGUUUGAUGAAAUUCAACCAAAUGACCAUGUGUCUUCCACUACAGAUAGAGUGUGAGAGAGUGUCACUUCACUUCUUGUAAAUCUUUAUUGCUUAUUGUAGCAAAUAUGUAUCAGUGCAUCAUUUGUUUUCUGCAUUGUUCAUGACGGCAGUAUGUACAGAUGUGAGAUGUGUUUUUAAUAAGUGUGUAGAUUUCCCUUACAGCUCGUAAUGGUUGAGUUUUCAGUCCCUCUGUUGCAGAACACUUUUUUUCUGGACGUAUUGCACUGUUGGAUAUGUGCUACAGACUGUCUCUGGAAUUCUCUGCUUCUGUCACCACCAUGGCACUAACUAUGUGUUCCUAUAGAAAACACUACAACAACAGUAUUGUAUAUAUAAGUAAGCCAUUAAACACUUACAGAUCUGUA